AUGACUCUGCGCGAGCUGAAUCACCAAAGCGACAAGAUGUCGAGCCCCUCCAAGGAGGCGGCCAUCCACAUGGCGCCUGCACUUGCGCCUGCACCUCCCGGUCCGGGUCCGAAUCUCAAUCUGAAUCUGAAUCUGCCCUCCACGAUGCAGCUCCACCCGCCGCCGUCCCCCGGGACUCAUCGCACCCUCCGGAGAUUGCAGUCGGCCCAUAGCCUGGGAGCAAAGGCUGCGAACCAGCCGUCGCUCAUUUCGCAGCAGAGGCUCCAGCAGCAGCAGCUCCAGUUCCACCAGUAUCAACAACUUCAACUUCAGCAGCAGCAGCAGCAGACGCAGACGCAGACGCAGACGCAGACGCAGCAACAACAGCAGCAACGGCCACCAAUGAUAUUUCGAGAGUUGCAACCGGCGCUUCAGCUACAGCCCCAACUCCAACCUCCAUCCCAACCGCAGUUCCUACAACGGGAUCAGCGUGAUCGGCAAUUCCAACAUCUACAACAGCAACACAUCCAGCAGCACAACCAGCAGCACAGCCAGCAGAGGGCUGCCUCGCCGCCGCGCAGAAAUGCUAGCAUCAACCGUUCGCCCCAGAGAGGUCGCGCCAAUAGCGAUGCCCCCUUGACCCAGCCGCCGCUCGGCCUCGUGACAGUGAAUAAGCGCUCUGCGCUGAGCAGGCGGUCGCUGGCCGCCGAUGCCAUGUCUCUUGAGAGGCUUGUGCGCGAUGGGCCUCCUAAUGGCGAUGUUGAAGGCGCGCUCGAGAGUACGCGCCUCAAGAUUCUUGACCAGGGCAUCAAGUCUGACAACGAUGGCAUGUCCUCUCUCCGCAUCUACGUUUGGCUGAUCCUACUCAACGCUCCCGUCCUCGAGACUGAUGCCUACCUGGCCCUGAUCCAUCGUGGCGCCUCCCCUGCCUACUCCAAGAUCCGCAACGACACGUUCCGCACUCUGACAACGGACCCACUCUUCCGACGCCGCGUGAGCGAAGCGAGCCUCAUCCGCCUGCUCAACGCCAUCGCGUGGAAGCUCUAUGACGCGCGCGAGGGGCGCACUUCGGGCACGGCCAUGGCCAUAAUGUCAAUGGCGCGGGAUCCGAGUAUGAAUAAUCGCUCCCGCCAGUCCCUGCCGGCAGAGCACUCUAACGGCGGUAGCCGGCCGGGAACCGGCCACGGGAGUACGGGACACUCGUCUCACGCAGCCUCAUCACCCGCGGCCAAGAACCGCGCGCGAGCGCUGACGCUGACGACGGAGGGUUCCGAGACGAGCGGCGUGGCAUCCGAGCCGGGCACUUACGUCCAGGGCAUGAACGUGCUCGCGGCGCCUUUCCUGUAUGCGGCGCGCAGCGAGGCCGAGGCCUUCAUCGGCUUUCACCAGCUGCUGACGCGCGAGUGCCCUGGCUAUAUCCGCGGCGCCAUGGACGGCGUCCACAAGGGUCUGGCGCUGGUCGAUAAGGUGCUGGCUAUCAUCGACCCCAAGCUUAGUCUGUAUCUGCUUUCAAAGAACAUGUCGGCCGAGAUAUAUGCCUUCCCCUCGGUUCUCACGCUCUGCGCCUGCACCCCACCCUUGCCCGAAGUUCUGCGCCUUUGGGACUUUCUCUUUGCAUACGGUCCGCACCUUAACAUUCUGUGCAUCGUUGCGCAGCUCGUCAUGAUCCGCGCCAAGAUUAUGGAGUCGCCCAGUCCGAACAAGCUUCUUAGGUCGUUCCCUGCAUUGCAGGCGGACCAGAUCAAGAGCGCGACUAUUGGCAUCAUAGCAAAGAUCCCAGAUGACGUCUACGCCGAGAUUGUUGCCCAUGCCCGAUAG